AUGUCGUCGAGAGCUUUGCGACGCGCUUUGCAGCAGCGAGAGGAGGAUCCGGACGGCGCGUUUGCUGCCAGCGCUGCGAAGAGGUCUUCUUUUGAUUCUUCUUCUUCUUCUUCUUCGGAAGGGAACGACUCCGAUUUGGACGAGGGGAGGAGGCAACCGAAGAAGAAGAACAACGAGAACGCGUUCGCGGCGUUUUUGACGAUGGAUGACGACGACGAAGAAGAAGAGAAAGAAGAAGACGAAGAAGAAGAAGACAAAGCGAUGAUGGUAAAGGUCAAAAAGGAGACUUUUGAGAAGACAAAGCGCACGAUUCAGACGAAGAAAAAGAAGAAGAAGAAGAAGAAAGAGAAAGAGGAGGAGGAUGAACUCGAGGCUGCCUUGAGAGAUAUUGGAAUAGAAGCGCCGAACGCUCGGGUACCGGACGACGAGGAGGAAAAGGAAAAGGAGGAGAAAAAUAGGAAAUCGAGAAAACGAUGGGACGAGUUAUUCGCGUGCGACGUUCGGAAAUUAAAAGCGGAAGACGAACUGAGACGGAUGUUUAUGAGUCCGUCGUCGAAUGCGGUAGGCGGAGAGUUUAGCGGUAGCGGUAGUAGUAGCGGUAGCGGCAUCUUCGCGAGACCGAAGAGCGGAUGGUCGAACAAGUCGCGAGCGAUCGGUUUGGCGAUGAAGAAGACAAAAAAUCUGGAGGAGAAGUUUAGAGGCGAUUUUGCCUACGAGGAGGACGUAGGGGGCGACGGUGAAGUAUCGUAUUAUCAGUUUUCGACUGGAGCCGCGUACGAAGACGCGAACGAGUUGUUUGAGAAGGCGAGAGAAACGCACGAUCCGAGAGCGAUUACGCAUCUUUUAAUGAAGUAUCCUUUACACGCGGAGUCGUUGUUGGCGAUCAGCGACGUGCACAUGGUCGUUGGCGAUGCCGAUAAAGGGUCAGACGCUAUCGAGCAAUGCUUGGCGGCGUUUGAGAAAUCUUUUCAUAAAGAUUUCAUCGCAGACGUGAAGAAGGGGACGGCGAGGAUUCCCAUCGAUCCGCCCGGGAAAGCGUUCAUCGACGAAGAUAAAGACGAAGACGAGAGCAUUUUCGACGUGAUUGAUGAAUUGAGCGAUCGUCGCGAGAAAUUAGAAGAAGCCAUCGAGAUGUGGGACCGAUCGAGAGAGAAGACGUUUUUAAAAGCGUUGUUCAAACAGACGUGUUCGUUGACUCGAAGAGGCUGUUACAACGCCGCGUUGGAGGUUUCCAAGAUGCUCUUUAGCGUCGAGCCGAAAGAUUACUUUUGCGUCGGCUUUAUCAUCGAUUACGCGGCAAUUCGGUCGGAGAAAUUAGAGUGGUUGGAAGAGUUUCUCGCAUCGCUUUUAGAACGACGAGUGUCGCCGUUCGACAUGUGGUAUCGACCAAAUUUUUCUUACUCUUACGCCAUCUGUUUGAAAUUGCGAGACGAGCAGAGUAAGAUAAAGUCAAACAAAGCCGACGAAGCCAUGCGUCAAGCGAUCAUGCAACACCCGUUAGCGCUUUACUUCUUAGUCGAAAAGCUCGAUUUGAAGACGCGAGACGUGGAAUGGUUCGAAAUUAUCGAGCGCUCGAGUUACUUUGAAAAAACGACCACUUCCAACAACGCGAGCUAUGAAUUCGCGUGCAAACUCUUCGCGGAGAGACAUCAUUACUUGUGGCGACCGGAACGCAUUCUGUCCUGGAUGAAAGCUAUCGCCCGUAGCGUCUGCGAAGAGUACGAGAGAAUGAAUAUUAUUUUGAACAGACCGACGAGUAGCGAGGAAUGGAAGCACGAGGAAGAAGAGCGCGACAAAAUCUACGCGGAAUUGAACUCUGUGACGUGGCAAAUGACGCGAAACGCAAAUCUCGAAGUGAAAGAAGGAAGAAACGUCGCGAGUAUGUUUUCUCACGUCUCUUUCGAGGACUACCAAGACGUCGUGAAAAGACAACUUCCCGAAGACGACGAGAAUCCAUUCUUGGCGCCGGCGCCACAACAACGCAACAGAAACGAAAACAACCGGCACGCCGCGAUGGAUGAUAUGAACAACAGGUUGAACAAUAUGAACAACAGGUUGAACAAUAUGAACAACAAUCUCGCGCUCAUCGCGGAUGCGGCCGAACGAUUUGCUGCCAGAGAUAAUAACGUCGAAUGGCGAGAAAAUGGAAUACCGGAAGAGGAGCUCCGAAACAUCGCGGAAACGCACGGCCGUGGGAACGACCCCGGCGCGAUUGGAAUGAUGCGCGCGUUCUUCGCCACGUUAUUCCGCGGCGACGAAAACAACGGCGAUUUUCAAAACGAUAGAUUGAGAGACGCGUUGCAACGACAACAACAUCAUCAAUAA